CAGUUGAUCGGAGCCUCUCGAACGUGUCGCUGCGCGUUGACUUCAAUUUACCGCCAUAUACGAAAUACAAAAAAAAAAUAAUACCAUUAGCAUUAUAUUUAUACGUAUACUAUAUAUAGCCUUUGUGUAUAACAAAUAAAAGCUAAUUAAUACGUUAGUUUUUCGAUUGCUUUUCGAAUUAUUCAACUGAUUACGAAAAUCGCGCACUAAAUUCGUAUUCUUAUUGUAAAUCAGCCCACGGAUGCCUUGAAUUUACGAUGCUCAUGAUGUGAUGAUGUUCGCCUAGAGCCCAGGCCAGGCCAACCGAAAAGCACAAAACAUUCUCCACUCAUUAUUCAGUCAAAAUGUUUCAACUGCGCUGCAACAGUUGCUGAGUGCAAAAGCACAUAUUGAGGAAGAAUAACAACAAAAACAAGAAGAAGAACCAGAACAAAGCACAAUCACACAUUGUAGAUAUCAGUGCUAGAGGUGCUGCGAAACAUGUAUUACGACAAUGGAACGGAGCUAACCACGAGCACCAAUUCAAAUUUACACAUCAUAAAUCGCAGCAGCGGCAAGAAUUGCAGCACAUCCUCAACAGAUUCGGGCGUCGGUUUGGUUGACAAUGCAGCAACAUUCAAGGCGGGGCCAACGACCAAAGAUAGCAGCCCGCAGAGCGGCAGCAGAGACUCCGAGGCAACAACAGAGCCAGCACAAACGGAGGCGGAAGCCACGGCGCCAAAUCGUAUCAGCAUCGAGGUCGAGGCGACGGUGAACAUCGGCAACAAUGCAGCGACGGCUGGCUAUCGGCCGAAGAAAUCAUCACCUGCACUCUCGGUGCGCAGCACCACAAUCUCCAUUGUGUCCAUCGAUGAGAAUGCCAUCGACUCCAGCUGCAUUGACAGCGACUCCGAGGCGGAGCCCGACGAGAGCUGCACGGUGCAGAAGCUGGGCCAGCAGAUCACCUACCCGCCACAAAGCGCCGAGCUGACGCAGCUCAACAAGGGCAUGACGGUGAUCAGUCGACAGGUGCUGCCCACGGGCGGAGCUGAGGCGGCUGGCGCCCAGCCCACGCCACCCGAUGUGGUGGCCAAGCAGCUGCUCAAUGGCAACCUCAGCCUGGCCACGGCCACAGCGCCAGCAGCGACCCAGCAAAUUGGCAGUAUUGCACUAAGCAACACCACAGACGUCACAUUCGGCGACAAGCACUACUACGAGGGUCCAGUGACGAUACAGCAGAUACUGAUCGAUAAUCGGGAGAAGUGGAAAACCCUGGAUGGUGAGACGGGCGGCCAGGAGAAUCCUGGAUUCAAUGCGCAGGGCACGUCCAACGGCAAUGCUGCAGGCGGCAAGGUGAACAAGUCCUGCAAGGAGCCCGUUCUGUGUCCAUUUCUGCCAAGCAGUAUCGCCACGAAGGCUGUUUUCAUAACGGCUGCAUUUGCCCUCUUUACCAUCGGCCUGCUCGUCGUCUUGGCCACGACCACAAACAUAUUUAGCAAAUCGUUAAGUAAAAGUAAGCUUGGUGACGGCGAAGACUCAAGACUAAAUAUUCCAAUCAAUUCAAAAAUAGCUGUCGACGGAAACAAUCUCGUCUUGGUCAGUAUUGACGAGUGGGAUGGCAAAAUGACGCGUUCGCCCCUGGAGCGAUUAGAGCAGCCCGUGAAUCGCGUAAUUAUAGCACACACCGUAACGGAGAACUGCGUCACACUGGACGCUUGCUCGUAUCGCGUUCGCGCCAUGCAAGCGUAUCACAUGGAUUCCUUGGACUGGCCGCAGAUCGGCUACAAUUUCAUGAUCGGCGGCGAUGGGCGCGUCUAUGUGGGUCGCGGCUGGGACUUUGUUGGAGCGCACACCUUCAACUACAACAGGAGUAGUAUUGGCAUCGCCUUCAUUGGCGGCUUCGACAAGACGGAGCCAACUCCUCUGCAGCUGCGCGCCUGCCAGCUGCUGCUGGAGGAGGGCGUGCGCCUCAAGAAGCUAUCUGCAAGCUAUCAGCUCUACGGCCACAGGCAGCUGCUGGCCACGCAAAGCCCGGGAGAUAAGCUGUACAGCAUUAUAAAGACCUGGCCGCACUUUGCAAAAACCACCUAAGGAAUAUAAAUGUAUUUGUAAAUGUCUCAUUGUAUUUACAUAUAAUAAAUGAAAUGAUAUGAAA